UGCUAGCUGAAGGUUUCCCUUUAAUUGCGAAGAUCAAUGUUUACUUUAUUUUUUAAAAAAAGAAUUAACAUAGUGACUGAAUUUUUUACAUAAUAAGAAAAAUAGAUCUUACGAUUGUUUUUAUAUAAAAACGCUCAAUCCUUCUUUUCAAGUUUUAGUCUGUAUACAAUCUUUGAAUUGGUGAUUACUACUGUAGCAUUUUUGUUCGCAUAUCUAUUAUGAUAUAGAUUCCAAUGUAUCCCCGGCUUUUGUUGAAUUUUUGCGAACGAUUCCUAUACCGUGUUACGUGUAACCACAUUAGAUUGAACGUUAAAAGAGCGAGUUAUGUUGCGAGCGAAGACGAGAAAGAGCGAAAGAAGGUAGAACCUGUCUCUAUGAAAUUUCCCGAUUAUGAAGUGAUCUACAGGUUUCCUUUUAUCAAGCUAGUUGCCAGUAUAAAUAUUAUGAAGCGCCGAUUUACUGUACUCACUGCAGCAGUCACGCCUGUGAUCUUUGGCCUUCAUCUAGCCAGUAUCUUAUCAUUUGAUAUAACUAUUGUAUCAAUAACAACUGGAGUUCUAACAACGGUGUGGUUACAUUCUUUAGGAAUUUUCUGCAACAACCUUAUAGGAUACGUAUAUUUGAAAUUGGAUGAAGAAAAAGUGAUUUUAUCUUAUGUAGACUAUUGGGGAAAGAGAAUAGAUUUGCAGACUUUGAUCAACGAGAUUACCCCUAUGUCAGAUAAUCCAAUUAGUAUCACCGAUCCUUUGUUCAGAAAGAUAAUACUGUCCUCACAAAAGCAAAAUUUGAAGAUAAAUCUAAAGCUGGGACAAAUAACCAAUGUUGAAAAUUUUAGAUCUAUUCUAGGAAUGAAUUAACUUUUGUUAAAUUUUGUUAAAUGUGUGUAUAAAUUCCAUAAAGAGAAUUGUUUCAUUUCA